UUUAUCAUUAUGCCAUGUUCUUUAAAGUUAAAUUCUCCUUUUUAGGUCAACCAUGCAGUGACAGAGCACUCCGUGGGUUCACUAUUGGAUUCACUGCUACUUUCACCUGUGAUUUAUCACUGGUUGACGUCACUACCCACAAUGCAUUGUAAUAUUCGGAGAUUUCACGUGAUUGGCUAUCCGCCCUAUCUAGCCCUAUGGUGCUACUCUGCUCUGCCACUGUUAUCAUGCUGCUCUUUUUAAACUGCUACUGCUCUUUUUGCUUCGUUAUCGCAAUCGCAGUGUAUCCAACUGUGACUAUGAUUAACCAUGUGGAAGCUUAUUCGUAAAUUUUUUUCGCCGUUUAACACUAAAGUUUUGGUUACUCACUGUUUAACUAUCAGCGACUAACUUUUGAUGAAAACUGCCCAAAAAAGAGCAGAAUAACAGGUGUUCCUCGCCAGUCACAGUGAUCGAUCACUGCUACUCAAGAAUCACAGUGAUUUUUACCUGCUACUGCGAUCGCGGUCACAAGCCUAAUUUUAUCAAUAACUUGUUAUCGGGGCGGCACUCACACCAUUUGAUCGCUAUUCGUGCCUAUAUUAUUUCCAAUCGCUUGAACGAGACUAGAUUUCAAUUAUUCAGAAGUUCAUAUCUUCAUCCUUCAUCUUCACCACUUUACUUCUUCAGCGGAGCGUGGAAACCAGUACCAAACCACAGGAGGCAAUAGAACCACUAUUUGGCUAUUUGUCUUCCUGCGUUUUCUUGAUUGAAUCGGGUGAAUUGAGAAAAGAGACAACCCCAACUGAGCCACCGGCACUGUUCAUUUCCACAGGGUGAGUUUAGUCCUCAUUUGUUAGAGUUUCCUCAGUAAACUUCCAAAGUAUCAUGACGGACUCAAAAUACUUUACAACCACCAAGAAAGGUGAGAUUUUCGAGCUGAAAUCGGAAUUGAACAGUGACAAAAAAGAGAAGAAGCGCGAGGCUGUGAAAAAAGUGAUUGCAUCAAUGACUGUUGGGAAAGAUGUCUCUGCAUUGUUUCCAGAUGUUGUUAAUUGUAUGCAAACGGAUAACUUGGAGCUUAAGAAGCUUGUCUACCUUUAUUUGAUGAACUACGCCAAGAGCCAUCCAGAUAUGGCCAUCAUGGCAGUUAAUACAUUUGUCAAAGAUUGUGAAGAUACAAAUCCUCUUAUCAGAGCUUUGGCUGUUCGCACGAUGGGAUGUAUUAGAGUUGACAAGAUCACCGAAUAUUUGUGUGAGCCACUAAGGAAAUGCUUGAAAGAUGAGGAUCCUUAUGUACGCAAAACUGCUGCUGUUUGUGUAGCAAAGCUCUACGACAUAAAUGCUCAGCUUGUUGAAGAUCAGGGAUUUUUAGAUCAAUUGAAAGAACUUCUAUCUGACUCCAAUCCAAUGGUCGUUGCGAACACAGUGGCUGCUUUAUCAGAAAUGAAUGAAUCUAGUCCAAGUGGGUCCCCGUUAAUUGAAAUGAAUGCCCAGACCAUCAACAAACUACUCACUGCGCUCAAUGAAUGCACUGAGUGGGGACAAGUCUUCAUCCUAGAUUCAUUAGCUAAUUAUAGCCCAAAGAAUGAACGCGAAGCUCAAAGUAUCUGUGAGCGUAUCACCCCGCGAUUAGCACACGCGAAUGCUGCCGUGGUCUUGUCUGCAGUCAAGGUAUUGAUAAAAUUUAUGGAAAUGCUUAGUUCUGAAACAGACUUCGUGUCCACUUUGACCAAGAAACUUGCUCCUCCCCUCGUGACUUUACUGUCCUCAGAACCUGAAGUGCAGUACGUAGCUCUUCGGAAUAUAAACCUGAUUGUUCAAAAGAGACCUGACAUAUUGAAACACGAAAUGAAAGUUUUCUUUGUCAAGUACAAUGAUCCAAUUUAUGUGAAGCUCGAAAAACUUGACAUCAUGAUUCGUUUGGCCUCUCAAGCAAACAUUGCGCAAGUGCUCUCUGAACUUAAAGAAUACGCAACAGAAGUUGAUGUCGAUUUUGUACGUAAGGCUGUGAGAGCGAUUGGAAGAUGUGCCAUCAAAGUUGAACAAUCUGCUGAGCGUUGUGUAUCAACUUUACUGGAUCUCAUCCAGACAAAAGUCAACUAUGUUGUCCAAGAGGCCAUUGUGGUAAUCAAAGAUAUCUUCCGGAAGUACCCGAAUAAAUAUGAAAGUAUUAUCUCAACACUUUGUGAGAAUCUUGAUACUCUAGAUGAGCCGGAAGCUCGAGCCUCCAUGAUCUGGAUCAUUGGUGAGUAUGCUGAACGGAUCGAUAAUGCAGAUGAGCUUUUAGAAAGUUUCCUGGAAGGCUUCCAUGAUGAAAACACCCAAGUUCAACUUCAGCUUCUAACUGCGAUUGUCAAAUUAUUUUUGAAGCGUCCUUCGGAUACCCAGGAACUUGUUCAACAAGUUCUAAGCUUGGCCACACAAGAUUCAGAUAACCCAGAUUUGCGUGACAGAGGAUUUAUCUACUGGCGAUUGUUAUCAACAGAUCCUGCUGCAGCAAAAGAAGUUGUACUGGCAGAAAAACCCCUUAUCUCUGAGGAGACAGACUUGUUGGAGCCAACCCUGCUUGAUGAAUUGAUUUGUCACAUCUCUUCCUUAGCAUCUGUAUACCAUAAACCACCGACAACAUUUGUCGAAGGUCGUGCUGGAUUACGCAAGUCUCUACCGGCUAAAACUGAACCCACUCCUCAACCAAGCGCGAGUGUAAUUCCUGCACAAGACUCAUUAAUUGGUGACUUACUAUCAAUGGACUUAAAUGCUCCUCCAACUUAUAAUCCACCCUCAGCAACCCCACCAGUUGUGGAUCUUCUGGCAACCGGUCUCGAUAAUUUGUUAGGCAAUGAUGCCCCAGUAUCCUCCACCACAACUGGUCUGUUGGGUGACAUUUUUGGUAUAGCACCUGUUGUGACUGGGUACAUUGCACCAAAGCAAAUGUGGCUUCCGGCUGACAAAGGCAAAGGUUUGGAACUAUGGGGUACGUUCUCUCGAAAGAAUGGUCAGAUCAGUAUGGACUUCACAUUCCACAACAAGGCAAUGCAGCCAAUGAUGGACUUUGCCAUCCAGUUGAACAAGAACAGCUUCGGUCUUACACCCGCUAAACCUUUGUUGGUGACACCUUUGCAGCCGAGGUUAUCGCAAGAAGUCAGUUUACCCCUUGCAACAACAGGAGCUAUUCAAAGGAUGGAGCCCCUGACCAACUUGCAAGUUGCAUUGAAAAAUAACAUUGACGUGUUUUACUUUGCAACCAUCGUCCCAAUGCAUGUCUAUUUUGUAGAAGACGGGCAGAUGGAUAAACGACUAUUCCUGCAGACAUGGAAAGACAUUCCUGCCCAGAACGAGGUUCAGUACAUCCUCUCAAACGUCCAGUGCAAUACAGAGACUGUUGUUCAAAAAAUGCAGCAAAAUAAUGUUUUCACCAUCGCGAAAAGAAACGUAGAGGGACAAGACAUGCUGUACCAAUCUAUAAAACUGACAAAUGGUAUUUGGAUCCUCAAUGAACUUAAAAUAUCACCAGGAAGCCCUAAUAUUACUCUUUCGCUUAAGUCCGUGUCCUUGGAUAUUGCACCUGGUGUGUGUCAAUCUUACGAUGCUAUUCUGCAUUCUUAAUCUCAUGGAUCAUCUUAAAAACCCAUUUUAAAGGAGAGACUGCAACACUGAUCGAUCUGUUGAUUCCAGCUUCUUACCAGUUAAGACGUUUGUCCUACAUUUCCCUCACCAAGAAAACUAGUGAGGGAACACUACUUGUUUAUGAGACUGGUCAAAGUUAUUCAGGUUUUUUAAGAAUUUAGAACUUUCGGUAAAUUCUCAAAAGAACAAAACUCGGAGAAAUGGUUUCCCUGACCUAAAAAAUCUUCACCAACCCUCAGAAGGAACAGAGGGUGUCACUACAUAAAAUAGCAAGCCGUAUUUAAGCAUUUACCGGUUUUUUGUCUGUUUGUUUUACUGUUGUCAUUAAGUCAUUCUAUUUUGAUUCACCUCUUCUCUGGAUUGAUCUGUUCCAUUCUUUAUGGUGCUGAAAAAGCACCAGCUGAUGGUAAAAAGUGAAAAACAUGCAUCCCGAUUGGUGAUUUCUCGUCAUGUUUUAUUCUUUUAUUGGGUAAACUAUUGAAUGCUAUUUUUCUCAGAUUUUCAUCAAUGGCAAGAAAAUUUUAAAAAAUAGCUCUCGCUCAGUUUUCUUUAAAAAAAAUGAAACAUUAGGAGAGACUUUGAAACUUUUUAAAGAUAGUUUUUUUUUUUUUAGCAUUCCAUGAGAUGUUAAUGUUUUUACCUACACCUAUUUAUAUUUUCAUGGUGUACAAAGCAAUCAUAAUGUCAGCGAUUUCUUAUUUCAACUUCUUCAUCUCGUUAUUUUGUAUUAUAUUGUUAUCUUUAAGUUAAUAGCAGUAGUCUGUAUAUUUGUGAAAUAGUCCUAAAUAAUUGUUAUAAAAAUUAAGUGUAUUUAUUUGUUUCUUUUAUUCCUGAAUCAGAUCUGUAUUAUAACGUCUCUCUGAAGUAUUAAUUUGACAACUUAGUCUCAGUUCAAUAAUUGUAACUGACUGAACUCUGUGUCUACUUGAAGCAUUUUUGCAUUAUCUUAACUUCAGUAGAUAUUGAUAAUUUUCCUUUUUUCUGCAUGAAAUGUAGAACAGUUCUAAAAUAGUAUUGGAAAUUCAUGUUUCGCUUAUAAUUAAUGCAACAUUUGAAGUCACCUAGCUUUGCUGAACAUCAAGAUGACUUAUAACGUAUUUGUGAAUAUAGUUCUUCACUAAAGUGAAUAAAAAUAUCCAGUAAGAAAAUGAAAA